CCAAGAAACAAUACAGUUUCUCUUUCCGGCUUCGUUUCCCCAUCUUGCCUAAACCUUCCCGAGUCCAGUCUUUUUUGGCGGAACACCAUUCAUUAAACCUGCCCAAACUACAGUUCCCGACAUGCGUAGGAGGACAACUUCCGGCACCCUCUUUUCCCAGCAUCCUUUGUUUACUUCCAGGUUUAGUAAUAGUGAAGGGAGAACGCCAGGCCAGAAAGGGGAGCUUGAGUACCUCCCAGAGUUAGACUUGCGCCCCUCUCCCGCUCCCCGCAGGCCUUCGUCCCCGCCAUGGCUGAGCUAAUCCAGAAGAAGCUACAGGGAGAAGUGGAGAAAUAUCAGCAGCUACAGAAGGACUUGAGUAAAUCCAUGUCAGGGCGGCAGAAGCUUGAGGCGCAACUAACAGAAAAUAAUAUUGUGAAGGAGGAACUGGCCCUGCUAGAUGGGUCCAACGUGGUCUUUAAACUUCUGGGUCCUGUGCUGGUCAAACAGGAGCUGGGGGAGGCUCGCGCCACAGUGGGGAAGAGGCUGGACUAUAUCACAGCUGAAAUUAAGCGAUAUGAAUCGCAGCUCCGCGACCUCGAACGGCAGUCAGAGCAACAGAGGGAGACCCUGGCUCAGCUGCAGCAGGAGUUCCAGCGGGCCCAGGCAGCCAAGGCAGGGGCUUCUGGGAAGGCCUGACCCCGUGGUGGGGGGAGGGGGAGGGGAGGGAAUGAGGCAGCUCUAGGGUCUAUACUGUAGCUAAUAAAAUGUGAAAACACCUGGCUGUUUUCUGACCAGCCACUUCUGUCAUAAUUGUCUCCCAUCCGUCCCCCGGGCCCCUUUCACUUUAUAUAUACACCACCUAUAUUACUCCCUCAGAUCCCAAAUUCUUGUAACUGGAAUCUCUCUGUGGCAGAGUAAUCCUUUCUUUCUUGAGAGUAAAAUCUGAAAUGUCUCAAACCUA